UCAGCGCUGGGAGAAGUUAGCAAUCGGCUGCCAGUCUGGUCCGUAGCCACGAUGGAUGCAACACCAUGCCUUCUGCUCGUCCUCCUGUUCUGGACAAGGAUAGAAGAAAACAACUCUCUCCAAUGUUACUGUGACCGCUGCAGCGCCAACUCCAGCUGUACUACUGACGGUGUCUGCUAUGUCGCCGUUCGCAAGUCAGGUGCCAGGCUAACCAUCGAGCGACGCCAGUGCGUACACGAGACCGAACUGAUCCCACGAGACCGGCCCUUCUUCUGCGCCCCGUCAGUCAAACAUGACGAGGGCAUAUACCCCAUGUGCUGUACUGAGGACUACUGCAACAAAGAUCCUGACCUUGUUGACAUUCCUGUCCCAACAGUCAAGACUCCCCCUCUUGGUCCUGUGGCCCUCGCGGCAGUGAUCGCCGGCCCGGUGUGUUUGCUCUGCCUGUUGCUGGUGUUGGCGUUCUAUGUUUGCCACAGCCACAGAGGUCUGGGGGCAGGGGGCGCAGGGGCCCAUCACCACCACCACCAUCGGGUGCCCAACGAGGAGGACCCCUCUAUGGACCACCCCUUCAUCACUGUGGGAACAACGCUAAAGGACCUCAUCUAUGACAUGACCACGUCCGGCUCUGGAUCAGGCCUGCCACUGCUGGUCCAGAGAACCAUCGCCAGGACCAUCAUCCUUCAAGAAAGCAUCGGGAAGGGGCGUUUCGGGGAGGUGUGGCGAGGAAAAUGGCGCGGUGAAGAGGUGGCUGUGAAGAUCUUCUCCUCCCGCGAGGAACGCUCCUGGUUCCGUGAAGCCGAGAUCUACCAGACCGUGAUGCUGAGACACGAGAACAUUCUGGGCUUCAUUGCUGCAGACAACAAAGAUAACGGGACAUGGACUCAGCUGUGGUUAGUGUCUGAUUACCAUGAGCACGGCUCCCUGUUUGACUACCUGAACCGAUACACCGUCACCGUGGAGGGCAUGAUCAAGCUGUCCCUGUCAACAGCCAGUGGCCUCGCCCACCUUCACAUGGAGAUCGUGGGCACACAAGGUAAGCCAGCGAUUGCCCACAGAGACCUCAAGUCAAAGAACAUCCUGGUAAAGAAGAACGGUACUUGCUGUAUCGCAGACCUUGGUUUAGCUGUUCGCCACGACUCAGCCACCGACACCAUCGACAUCGCUCCAAACCACAGAGUGGGAACCAAAAGGUAUAUGGCUCCAGAGGUCCUGGACGACUCCAUAAACAUGAAACACUUUGAGUCUUUCAAGCGGGCAGACAUCUAUGCCAUGGGCCUGGUCUUCUGGGAGAUUGCCAGCCGCUGCUCUAUGGGAGGCAUCCAUGAGGACUACCAGCUUCCCUACUACGACCUGGUUCAGUCAGAUCCAUCAGUGGAGGAGAUGAGGAAGGUUGUUUGUGAGCAGAAGCUUCGGCCCAACAUUCCCAACCGCUGGCAGAGUUGUGAGGCCUUGCGGGUGAUGGCCAAGAUAAUGAGGGAGUGUUGGUAUGCCAACAGUGCCGCCCGACUCACCGCCCUGCGAAUCAAGAAAACGCUGUCCCAGCUCAGCCAACAGGAGGGGAUCAAGAUGUAGACACGACCACAAAACAUACAAACACACACUCACACACACAUUAUGACUGUCACCCAUAUCGUUAGCAUUAUUAUCAUCUUUAUUAUUCAUUGAUUGUUCCUUCCCUUUGGCUGUAAAGGGAAGCAAAGACUUUUCCCCCCCUCUGGGCUCUGUUUCUUCUCCCAUCGCAUUCAUGGACAAACUGCUGAGUCCUGUGUGUGCGCCGUGUGUCUCACCGGUCCGACACUUCCACACAAAAAGGCUGAGUGGAUGGAUCUAGAGGGAGACACGAGGGAUGGUUGUGCCUGAAUGGGAUAACAGGGGUAUGAAAGGAAGCCUCCACUCUUUCUUCACCAUCUUCCUUCUUCAUCACAUUGAACUUUCUGGAGACCCACUGGGAGAUGCGGGGUCCCAUGUAGAGUCCCACUCUCGACUGCUCAUCGCACACCAAAACCUGUCAGAGCUCAGAGCCCCCAUCAGGUCAACUGAAGGCCAGACAAGGAAUCUCACCUGAGGAACCUCUGAGCUGCCGGAGCUCCGCUUUCAUUUCCUCUCAUCUUCGUCAUCACCCCCCUCAUUUGUAUAUUAGCAUUUCAGUCUUCUCUUCAGAGAGUAAGCUACUCUUCAGUAGGGCUGCAAGAAGAAAAAUUAUAAAUUAUGCUUCUUUAAACACUAAAAUGUGUUGAAUCAGAAUGGAACAUGUGAUCUGUUAAUUCACAAUACAUUGUGAGAUGAAUGUAGCUACAUGCAUGGCUCCCAAACACUAUAACAUGCCAUGUUUUUAAGUUGCAGUUACCCAUAAUUGCAUUAGUCUUUAAAAAGAAAUUAAGUAAACAGUCAAGUGCAUCAGUGGCGGCGUCAUUUAUUAGUUGAAACCUAAUUGAUUGGAUCAUAAGAAUGUAUAUCUUUACAUUCUAACCUAAAGAAUUAACGGCACAUUGUUAGUGUGUGUUUUCAGCAGAAUGAGACGGUCACUGUGAGAGCUACAUCGCACAAUCCCUCUCAAUUUCAAAGCUUAUCACAGCUGUGUUAAAUACUUGAUUCUGAUUGGUCAGUUACCGCAUUCUAAGGUCUGCUGUGUCUCAAUAGCAAACCACCGCUGUGAGGAACAGACUGUUGCUAGGAUUGCAGCGUUGAUCUCAGGCUCUUGAGGAUUUAUUUUUAACAUAUCAGUCCCUUGAAAGAAGUCCACUAAACCAUCGAUUCAUUUUGACUUCUGUAUGAUUUUAACGAUGCAAGAAGGAUUUUGAGUAAGCAUGUGUAAAACAGGGUCCUGCAUCACCUCACAGGGUCCCAUUUCUCUCCAUCACAUUCUCCCUGACGUUAAAUCAGGGUUAUUAGUAAUUUAAAAAGAGAAACGGAUGUGAUGCGAUGUUGUUUGCAGCCCUACUCCUGAGUGGUGUUACAGUAGCAUUGGGAACAGAAGCAUGGACCUGGGGGUCAUGGGACAUUGUGUAAGUCAGACAAACAGCAGCUUCAUCUGUUCUCCAUCUAGCAGAAUCUCAUCUCUGCAACGUUUUUGCACCUGUUGUUUUUUCUUCUUCUUUUGUUACUCUUGUGUUUCCCAUCUCCCUCUGUACUGGCAGGGAGCUGGACAGGUCAGUUUAACUUAUUGUGUUUGUUAAUUUUCUUUCUGGUGGCAGGGGAUCUUUAUUUUUUUUUCUUUGCAAAACAAAACUGGACAUGAUGACCUCAUUCAUUUUUGGCAACAUGCUGCAACAUAUGCAAUAUACAGUAGAUAAAUGUGUCUAUUUUCUAUACUCUGCUCUGCUAAAACCACAAAACAGCAAGAACAACAACAACAACAAUCAGCUGCCACCAUGCCUUCCAAGCCAGCGGUUACCGGAAAGUGCCAGUGCUUUAACAACCCAACUCCUCUCACGUCGGUCGCUGUGGAGUGCGUUCGCUCUCUCGUGUAUGCAGCUCCGUGCAUGUGUGUGCCAAAGGUUGGGGGGGAGAGGUCUGGAGGAGCCAUGCCGAGCACACAGCAAGCUCGUACUAUGCACACCCAAGAACGAGGGGAGGAUUUUUUCAGAAAGGGCACACACUGCACGUCUCGCAGCAGCAGCACCCACAACCCAGCCGACUCUCUGGUGCCAUUUCAUCAAAACCCUCACACCUGAACACCGGACCACCUCAGCAACAACUCAUCGUACAGCUUCUCCUCCUCGCGGACAGAGUCCGGAAACUGAGCUCCAGCACCUCAAACUGUGUUUAGUUGGAAAAAACAACACCGCAAAAAGCUCACGGCGGCUUCGGAAAAAGAGACAGAGACUUGUAAGCAUUACUGAUGUUGCCCUAUAAAUGUAAACUCUUGGAUUUCUGAUUCUGUUCGUCGUAUGUGUUCGCGCCGUCAUCGACUACGUGGCAGUGCGGAUCAACCUUUCAAGCAUUUUUCUUCUUUGUAGGAUAAUCAACAAAAAUUGAGGUACAUUCAUUUAAAUAUAGCAAACGGAUACUUACUAAGCCAUAGGUUUUCCAGGUUGUGUAUUAUUAUUUUUUCUUUUUCUACCAGAAUGUACAUUUACAAAAAACAAGAGUUCAAAAAAGGUAAAAUUGACAGUUUUGUCAUUUCAGCUUAGCAAGCCUUAAGGGACCAACGCAUAAGAGUCGAGAUCUGCUCUUAUUGUUUUUUCUUUAUUUUUCUUUUAAUGAAAAAAGAUGAUAUAUAUUAUUGAUUAAUAUGGUAAAAGUAGUGUCAUUAUUAUAUCUAAAGGACAAAAAAAUAUAUGUAGCACCUGAUUUAACGAUUUGUUUCAGUCAAGUGUCUGUCCUGUUGCCAAAAUUGCCGCACAUCUAAACCCGUAUGAUCUCAUUGUACAGAUUUGCUUUUGUCUCAGUCGCAUCAGAAGCACUUGUGUUUUAACUCACCGGUCCAAACCAUAUCUAUUAUGAGAAACAGUCGACAUGUACAAAGUUUCAAUAUCCCUCACAUUCAGUUAAUCAGAUCGGCCAGACAGCGAUGAAAAAGAAAUCCCAGAGUCUCUUGAUUGUUCAGCAAUAAGUGCACUUCUGAACCACUGCUGGGUUUACCUGUGCGGCAACUUUGGGCGUCUGUGAGUCUGCCUGUCUUCAUUAGUUUUCUUUAUGGAUACAUAAUGUAUUGAUGUGCUGCUACUUAGUUGUCCACCUCGCUUUGGAAAGUUGAGGUGAGAGCUGCCGUUGGAUGUAAAAUAUCCUCAGAUUGCCUGAAUCUGAUCAGUGUGCCAUGUUGCUUUGAAGCAGAUCCAGCCCAUCAUCAUACAGUUGGCAGUCCUCAUGAUAGUUUCUCUGAAGUACGUGAAAGAGUUGUCCGCCGACGUCCGUGAAGCGCAGAAGUCCACUCUACCGACCACUGCAGCAGCUAAUUUCGCUGACCAGUUCUUCAUCUCUGGUUCAAAGUGCUGGCCGGUUCAAUCAGUUGCUGUCUGGCAGAAUGGAAAGCUGUAGCCUUCAUGGCAUGGCUGAGAACCAGGGUGCCAAUGUUAUCAAUGGGAGCUCGAGUAGCUACUUCUCUCCACUUUAAAUGUCCACACAUAAAAACACAGUUGGAAAAGCUUUUAGACAUAUUUUCCUCUAUGAAGGCCAAGUGUUGAGGAGGUAGGAGAGAGCAUUUCUUCAAAGGUUGUGACUUGUUUCGUAGAAAGCUCUGCAGGAAAAAAAAAACAAAAAACUUUUGAUGCCCUCAGAGCGACUGAUAAUGUAAUGACAAAUGGAUAAUGUCAUAAUUUCUGAAAGUAUUCACACUGCACCUCAAAAAAAAUGUGACUCAAUCUGUCCAGGAAAUUGAUUUUCUGAUAGUUUUACAGCAGCGCUAAUGCAUCACCUUCCGCUUUUCAGAGAAAGCUUUCGACCUUAACUUUGCAGACGUUACUUUCUAAAGACAUCCCGACUUUUUGAUUAAAGACUUUUCUUAUCACCUUAAUUUACAAAUACUCUUAAAACUCCUGAAGAAAAAACAAAGUUGCAUUUCAGCCAGCUAAAUGAAAUGAACGCAUCACCAGCAAUAUCAUAAUUGAAGUGUAAAAAUUAUUUAUGACACAUAUCCUUGAAAGCUACAUAACCAGUUGCUUCAGGCUAAAAAUCAGACUUUGGUUGAAGUCGAACAAAAAGCAGAUUGUGUUGUAUCCACUUGUUCAGUUCCACUGUUCAGAAUCGUUCUCGUGAAUGAAGUAUUCGUAAAUAUUUAGAGACAGUCGGCAGUGGCAGAAGUGACAUUUCAGCCUUGUAAAUAUUGUGUGGAUUAAACAAAAAAAGAAAGCUAUCCUGAUAUUAGAAGAAAGUGAAGUGGGUAUCGCUGCUAUGUUAAAUACAAAAAGGGUGACGGACUAUGCUGAAUUAAAUGUUAAAUGUGUACUAAUGUGGUCAAAGUAGGAGGGAAGAUAGGGCUUGCCAGGAAAGACCAGGUCAGAGAAUCCAUAAUGCUAAGCCAUGUGAGUUGAAAGAGUAGCUUAGGAGCCCGUGAUGGCAUAGAGAACUUAAAUUAGAACAUUUCAAAGUAUACCUUUAAAUACAACCUGGCUUGCCCUGUAUUGGAUUUGGACUGUACAGUAUGUGUAUUCCACAAACAACGUCAUUCUCUGGGACAUAAACAACAACAAAAGCUCAACUCAACAGCACCUCUGGUAUGCCUCAACAAGGACAACCUUCAUUCUGUCUUAAAGUCACCAGCAGCCUUGUAUUUUUUCUUUUCUUAACCCAAGAUGACUUAAUUGUAAAAAGACAUGUUUGCACCCAGCUGUUUUUCUCUCGUGCUCUUUAUACAGCUCUCUCUCUCUGUCUUUGAUUCUUGCCUUUCUCUCUUGUCAUUCCAUGUUAUCUAAUCGACCUAACAGAUAUCACCUAGCUACAAGAGCCACUCGUCACUGCAGCCGAUUCUGUGGCUUCAGAUCCCAUAACAUGUUGAACCAACUCGCGUACAUACCCCACCUACAACUCCAUGUGUCGAUCUUAGGGCCUGGGGUUUUGUCUGAAACAAAACUAGCCAGUACAACGCAAAGUAAAAACUGGAGAUGAGCGCACGCAUAUUCAGACCGUCUCUCAAACCUUGAAUUCGACAAUGACGUUAAACUCUCUCGUUGUCUUUGAGGAGAAACUGUCUGAAUUGCGCUCUGUCAUCUGCAUACAACAAUUGCCGCACUUUGCAAUCUCUGUUAAAGCCGGCUUCCACCCGUUCUCAGAUUGCAGCAGUGUGGAGCAGGCUUCUUCUUCAGAUGUUGCUUGUUGUACAAACUAGCCUGUUUUGAACAUAUGUUAGCCUUACGAUUAUAAAAGGGGACAAACUAUAGCUCGUCCUUCUGUCUGAACGUUUGGUAUUGAACCUGUAAAUGAUGUCUUUCCUCCAUUUUGUUUGACACUUCUUUGGGUUUGGCAAACAUUUUUUUCGCUGAGGUAUCUCGACAGCUUUCUGGGCUCUGACCCAUCGAAAAAAGAUUACACAGAAAACCUGCUGUACCUCAUCUUUGAGAAUCCUACCUUGCCUUCUAUGUCCUAAGCUCAGAAUAAAACAGGGGGGGGGUGUCAUUGUACCCUGUUGAUGAACAGCCAUCGUGAAAUUUCAAACCUUGGUUCAGCGGUCAACACAGUUAAAGGUUGUGGAAAGAAGCAGCAUUGUACCUGAGCCGUUUCGUGACCCAAGAAAUGAGAUGCACUCUUUGCUUGGUAAAAUAUGCAGCCUUGUCAUACAAGUCUGUUACGCCGAAGGGGGGGAACAAAAACAAGCUUUUUUCCUCUGCUCCGUUUGCAUUGACGGAGGGCAGAAACAGGGAGGUGACAUAAACUAUGCCAGCAGCUCUACAGCUUCAAACCACGCACUGAGUAAUCCCAACAGCUGUGAAUGUAUCGGCCCUCUCAGAGUCUCCCACCAAUCUGAGCACAGCCUGCGUAAACUCAGCCCAAAGGUCACGGCAGCAACUUUGUGAACAUGCAACUUUCCACCGCACGGGUCUCUCUUCUUCUCUCCUUCUCUCUCUCUCUCUCUCUCUCUCUGUCUCUCUCUCUCUCACUUUCUCUCUCUCUAUCUUCUUCUUGUUAUGCAAAGUCUGGGCCAACGGUGUCUGCCCUCUCAGUAGUCCCUCUGGAUCACACAGGCUCAAAGACCAAUCUAUGCUAGCAUGAUCCACUCACUGUGAUGAGGAGUGUGUUUGGGUCGAAGGGUUAUCACGAUCUCCCUCUUGGUUGCUCUCUGUUGUAGCAGAGACCUGCUCUGAGACGGUCUCUGCUGGAGUUUUGGGUCGACGGUCAGGUUUCUGCUAUGACUUGUUUGGGUCACAAAAAGGUUCAGGCUUUGCUCGAUUUAACACUUUUCCUCUCCGAUGCUGCAGUGAGGCCUUUGUGGCAACAAAGGGUAGCAGAAAGCUUUAUCACAUUUUAUUUGGUGCCUAAGUUUGACAAGACUUCUUUUUACUUUUCACCUCGAAUGACAAGACUGCAUGUGAUUGUGUCUGCAUUGGUGUCUGCAUUACCUGCUUUAUAGAUGUCAUCCAAAAGCUGAGAAGUAUCUUAAAAAAGCAUAAUUAACAUAUUAAAAAGGUCACUUAAUCAAAAAGAAAAUACCUCCUUUUAAAGACCAAUGUGUUUUACCUCACUGUAUAUAUAUUCUCGAUUUGUUUACUCCAAGUUUGCAAUUUAUCUUUCUCUUUUUUGUUUCUAUGAAAUGCUUAAAAAGUUGAAGAGAAUAAUUUUGUUUUCUUUUCAAUGGUACUUUUUUGUCAGAUGGCAUUGUAUUGUGUUUGUGUUGUGCCCAAGCAGUAUACUAUUCCUCUUUUACCAUGCUCUGUAUAUGACCUGUUGGUUGUGUUCUGCGUGAGCUGUACAGUCAAAGCGCUUUACAAAUGUCCAAGCCCCCUUCUGAGCUCUGGUACAAAAUGCCUUGUUAGAUAUGUUCUUUUGUUUAAUGAAAAAAAAAAAAAGAAAAAGAAAAAAGGAGUCAAAGUGGAGGUUGGAGGAGGCUGGAAGUGAGGGGAGGGACUGUAAAGCAAAAACCCCUCAACAACUGUUGAACCCUCCUCACCUCGUGACCCUCCUGGAUUUCUAAACAUAUUAUAAUCAUGACUUUUUUUAUAUAGUGUGUACAGAUGAAUGAGAUCGACAUAGGAACUAGAGGAUUGACACUUAUGUUAACUUCUAACAUAGCUGGAGUAGAAAAUGGUGUGAAUAAAGAAACCAAGUUUCACUACAA